UCGGAAUGUACUUGAAGAUAAACAUAGUUGCAUGCAAAAUACUUCAUUGAGCUCAGAAUUACGAAGAAGUGAUUUCUAAAAGCGCUCUACGAUACUUAACACAUGUCAAAAUACUAAGCUGUACUUAAUCAACAUGUACUCGCAGACAUGAAAAAAUGACGUUUAUCCACCCAUUAGCACACAAUCUUGACAUAUAAUUGCAUAAACACCAAAUAUUGGAUCAUGAAGAUGGAGGUCAUAUAUUGGCACAAACUUAAACUGCCAUCCUUGACCUUGGUCUUCUGUGAGUUUCCACAUAUCCCGGACAUUAAUGUCGGAAAGUUAAAAAAAAACCUACUCUCAGUCAGUUCGAAAUAGAAUAAGAUGUCGCUAGACUUUUCAAACAGACAGUCAGACAUGUACUAAUAAAGUCAUUCAUAGGAAUAUAUAUUCAGUCGCUUUCAUGCAAAGCACAAACUUUUUACGGUACCGGAGUAAGUAAUUCCUAGUUUGAUUCAUAAAAAAUCAAAUCUAUUUCCAUCACACACUCCACCUCUCACUGUAGCUGCAACUUUAUGUAUGUAUACACACUGUUCUCAUGUAACUACAGUCCUCUGAACAACUCAGGAUUGCUAUAGUCCGCACAAAAUAAUAAGCAUUACAUAUUUUCUUUCAUCUCAACAUUUUAAUUCUGUCGGGUACACACAUUUUGUGAGUUCAAGGAAAGUUGAAUAAUAAAUGUCUGUUUGUACCAGUGCACAAUAUCUCUUAUCAUUAAUUACCGUUAGUUAUCUCACUUUUCCAAGAGUGCUACAAAAUUUCCAAAAGUAUCAAAUUGCUACUUAGAAUGUUUCGCUAGUUAACCUAUUAAAACACGGGCCUUCGGCUUUUACAUCACUAUUUGUUCCAUAAUGUCUAUCUAACUCAAUUCGCUACAACCUUUUAGUUGAUGAUUGAACUCACCAUUAUUCAAGUCUGAAUUCUCAUCUUUCGAAGCGUCCACAGGAAUAGCGAAAUGUCAGUCGACUUUUUUCUCCCAUUAAAAGUCUCAUUGACGGGUGGUGUUGUGAACAUAAUUAAGAAUGUUGAGAUAAUUCGUCUGAACAUUUCAGAUUUCUGGUAUUGUUUCAAGUGUUCCAGUGAAUCAUCAAACAUUAUUUUUUUUAAAAACACGAAUAUGCGAUGGUACUACGUUUACUUUUUUUGAUAAUUUCGUAAAUUAUUCUGUAUCUUUGUUUCCCAGCCAAAUUCCUAAAUCGAUUCCACAUUAACUGUAUAUACGUUUUAAACAUGGUACUGACUCCAAUAUUUCGCCUAGAACAAGAUGAAAAAAAACUUAAAGUCAUCAUUCAUGCUCCACUAGCUAAAAUAUCUGAAAUGGAAGUAUGCGUUGAAGAACAAACUUUUUAUUUUGACUCCUCCCCGUACUAUCUCAAAUUCGAUAUUCCAGGUUCUGUAUUAACGGAUGAAGAUACUUUUGACUAUGAGCUCAUCGACGGUGAUAUACACGUUACAUUGGAGAAGUCUAAACCAGGACUCUUCAAGGAUUUAGAUUUAAUCACAAAAUUGCUGAUAACUUCGUCUGAAACAAAGCCGUCCAAGUGUUUGAUUGAAGAAUUGAAUGAUACUGUUGAACAACAAAAGUGUUGGUCAUUGGACUGGUUUGGCGAUUCAAAAAGUAUAAGUUCAACGCCAGAAGAUGUGGUUCUUUCUAACCCAACUUAUGGUUUUAGUGGUUCCAAAUCUGGACUGUUCCAAGUUGAGUCUGAUUUAACACAUGCAGUGGAUCUGCCUCAUCCAGAUUCGGUUGAUGUUUUCAAACGAUCAGAGCUUAGAAAAGUGGAUGAAGAGAAGAAAUUUCUUGUCGAUCAUUAUCUUGCUGAUUAUUUCGAAUCGGACUCUUGGAUUCAUAUGAAAAACAUUGAUUUACCAUGGUCUAUUAAUAAUAAUACUAAUAGUUUACCAGAAUUCUCAUCUGAUGAACGUCAUCGUCUAAUCACUUUAUCAACUCGUCGACUUCCUCUUCAACCUGAUAAUGCUUUGGAAGAAAAAAUGAUAUAUUUAGGCCUACUCGAUCUAUUAUUUGCUUAUAUAUAUGAUUACAGAGUUCGUGAAGGUGAGACGAUGUCCGAAUCCGGUUGGAAUAUAGUGAAACUUGCAGCUACACUUUCAUGGUUUGAGGUUUAUCAUUCCUUACCGGAAGUUGUUGUGUCAUUCUAUAGACGUGCUUUAACUUAUCCUCUUGUACGAAGUUGGAGAUUUUGCACACUUAUCAAACGCGAUGCUUCUUAUCUUUUACAGCAUACUAAUACCAAACAAUGGUGUUUGAAGUGUCUAUUAGAAAUUCGUGAAUUUUUGAUCGCCUAUCCUGGCUAUCAUGUAUUCGCUGAAUUAUAUCUAAAUGAUUAUAUUGUGUGGAUUCAGACGCGAGCAUGUGAGUCAAAUUUACAUGAUCUUGGCAAAAGUUUAGAAGAAUUUAAAAUGAAAAAAGAUUUUGUCGAUUUGAACUUGAAACAAAUUGAACAACUUGGUCAUGAAUGUUUAAAAAUGGAAAAACUACAAGAUUCAUUAAAACAAAUGUCAUUUUCUGUGAAUAACAUAGAAGAUGAAAAACCGAAACCUUUACAAACUUAAACUGAAAAAUUUUCAGAAAUUCUUUACACACUUUCCCUUUUGUACAUUUAAAAACUUAUUUUGUUUUCUUGUAUCCCUGCUUCUUUGAAACUUACAUUUCUGUAUUAAACUAUAUUUCAUUCAUCGAAAUAAAUUUAUUUAUAACGAUAGUGGAAAAAUCCCAACCUUAUUCUCCUUGGGUUUAAACUUUUUAACAACCAUAUACGUGACCAUUAUU